CAUAGACGAGGUAUACGAGUAGACCAACGUCGUGACCAUGGAAACCACUAGCCCUCGUGAAUCAAAACAAUCAUUCACGGAUGGGCAUUGUUAGACAAUGGACGUCAAGGAUAGCAGCGACGAAGAUGAGACGCACAAUAUUUCGGCGUUUACGAAGUUUGACGAGAGCAUCGACGUUCGUAACGCCGAGGAGAUCCAAAGUCCAGUCAGUCAUAGACCACCAAGCUCGAGAAGACUAAGACCAACCCCAAAAAACGAGAGUCCAACCUCUAUGGGGAUAAAUUCGCCGCGCACGAAAUUAAAUUUCCAAAGAUAUUCAGACAAUGACAAUACCUUUGGUAAAUCGCUGGGAAUCACCAGCGAUCCGUCUGACAGCGAAGAAAGCGACGACGACGACAUACAGGGGACGAAUAACGCGCAACCGAUCGAAAUGUACAAUCCUAAGGACUUCGAGGACUUGGAUGUAUCUAUGGAAGUGAAGGAACUAUUUCAAAAUAUACUAAGAUACACGCCGCAGAAGAUCGAGCUAAACUACAAACUGAUACCGUUCAUCCCCGACUACAUACCGGCGGUCGGCGACAUAGACGCGUUCAUAAAGAUUUCUCGACCGGAUGCAGUGGAGGACAAAAUCGGUUUGACCGUCCUGGACGAGCCGUGUACCAAUCAAUCCGAUCCGGCGGUGUUGCACUUGCAAUUACGUAGCCAUUUGAGAAGCGCGGGCGCAGCCAGGCAGACGGUGGUGAAACGGAUCGAAGACGCCGAAAAGAACGUCAAGUCCAUCGACAAGUGGAUCGAUGACAUAAAUCAGCUUCAUAGGAGCAAGCAUCCGCCGGCUGUUAAUCUGACGAAACCCAUGCCCGACAUCGACGCUUUGCUUCAACAAUGGCCGCCCGAAGUCGAAGAAAAGCUGAACGAAAUGGAGUUGGACUUCGCGAAACUGGACUGCGACCUACCGGGUCUCGUCGAUAUCGUUUGCAACCUUCUCGAUAUUCCCGCGGAAGAAGGCUCGAGAAUGGAGGCGCUUCACACGCUUUUCACUCUCUACUUGGAGGUACGCAAUGCCAGAGCUCAGAAGUAUUGAGUCCCUAGGGUCUAGAAUUUACAAGAAGAUGGUCGCCAAAUACGAGUCACAAAAUUAUUGGCACGAGUGU